AUGAAUAUAAACAGGAACUCAUACCCGCCUGGAUAUGGGCAACCUCCACUAUCGCAGCAGAGGCAGGGCCCCACAGCCGGCUACCCUGCAAGGAAGAUUCCAUAUUGGAACCCUCAGCUUCGGGGGAAUAGUGUUAACGAUAUUUCUAUGGAGUUGGGAAGUCAAGGUCCUUCGAGCACCUUGAGAAAACGAGUGAACGUGGCCUGCGCCAGAUGCAGGAAACGUAAGAUAAGGUGCAGCGGGGACCCGGGGGAUAAUAGUGGAUGCCAGAAUUGCAGGACGGCGGGAAUUGCGCUAGGACAAUGCCAAUUCCUUCGUGUCCAGUGCGAACAACUGGCCAUAAACGAACAUACGCACGCCGGGUCAUACGACCGAUUUGGCCAACAAUUGUAUGUUGGAAGUCUAACGGCAGCUCACUAUGCUUGUCUUUCAGCACCCCCAGUGGCAAACGGUGAUGCUAGUUUCGAGAGCCAGCUACAAAUACAAAGAGCAACAGAGGCUUCAUACGCUUCAAUGCCGUCUCUUCAUCCGAGCAGGAGUCUGCCAGAUAUAGCGAAGCGAAAGCAGAUUCUAUCUCAGUCUCCGGAAGAAAGUGGCUUAGCCCUUCUGGCUAGGAACGCGGAAGCUGUUUCAAACCUGCCAACGGCGGUCACAUAUGCAUUGGCCACGGGUUCAGCGGCAGAGACUUUGGCCGCCGUGGCCACGCCGGCGUUUGCACACUGGAGCUCCUCUACUAUGGCAGAGGGCUUGCGUGCUGCUGCUGACGACAAUCCGGUGAAUGAUAGCAUGUAUUUCGACACCGGGACGUAUGCUACAAACCCGGUCCCUCAAAUAGUAUCCAAUGUCGGGCUCAUCCCUACAUCUAAUGUUAGAUCCAACAGUCUCCCUUCUGGCUACGGAUACAAUCAUCUGGCGAAUAUUCCUAGCGGUGCUAGUCAUAUGACUCUAGCACUACAUAGCGGGAAGAACUCCCAAAUAUCACAAACUCUGCCGAACGAAAAGUGUGAAACGAUUACGACACAGGUUGAUGUGCCGUACACCAUAGGCUUUGCGGACGGUAACGGAGAAGCACGGUUCUCCCGAAUCGGGGCGCAAGCCCUAUCUUCUUCUUCAGUCGACACAUAUAGUGUUCCGAGUCCGUCAUCUCGGGGUAGCUAUAAGCCCCACCUAGAUUUGGACGCUAUGUCAAUAUCCAAAUCUAUGCAUGAAGUGAGAGACUCAGGGCAGCCCCGGAGUUCUUUGGGCGGAAUGCCCUCCAAUAUGUUUUUUAUGACCCAGGCCAAACGAGGUACCUCAGUCCUGAGCUCUUCGCAGGAAAACAAUUCCCGUGGAGCAAAUCCUCCGGUUAUAAUCGAAAGACGGGAUCUUAUGUCGCCGCCUGCAAUACCGGUAUCUAGACCUGUUCCGGCACAAGCAACCAUGAUGCGAGUUCCAACGAAUCUGCCGAGCACUGCCGGUUGCGGGUCAUCUGUGGGCAGCCCAAAAUACAUUCAUGAUUCCAUAAAUUUCACGGAUUCGGCUUUUGCACGCCCAAUGAAAGCAAGUCAUUAG